UGUCUAGGAUGAGGUGUGAGGUGGAGGUGACCCCUGAACCCAGCAGCCCCACACUGCUCGGAGAGGCAGCAGACACCUACUGCCAGGUGGACCGAUGGCAAAAGCUACGCACCGCCGUCCGCAAGCUGGAAUUCUGGGAAGACUUCAGUGCUGAGCUGAUUGGGAGUGGCUUCUUCUCCAAGGUGUACAAGGUUUCACACUGUACCACAAGAAAGGUGAUGGUGGUCAAGAUCUAUAAGAACGACGUGGACCAGGACAGCAUCGUACGAGAGAUCAGUCUACUGCGGAAGCUCUCACACCCCAACAUUGUCAAGUAUCUUGGAAUCUGCGUGCGGGAGGAUAAGCUGUAUCCAAUAUUGGAGUAUGUGAGUGGGGGCUGUCUGGAGGACCUCUUGGCCCAGGAGGACGUGUCUCUGGGUUGGAGGGAGAAGGUGGAUCUGGCCUGUGACAUCAGCAGAGGCAUGACUUACCUGCACUACAAGAACAUCUACCACAGAGACCUCAACUCCAAGAACUGUCUGAUCCGGGAGACGUAUCGGGGCAGGGAGGCGGUGGUGACAGACUUUGGUCUGGCCAGAGAGGUGAUGGUGGAACUGCCGGUCAACGACCCCGAGAGGAAGAUGUCUCUGGUGGGAUCUGCUUUCUGGAUGGCCCCCGAGAUGCUCAGAGGGGAACCCUAUGACCGCAAGGUGGACGUCUUCUCCUUUGGGAUCAUGCUGUGUGAGAUUCUGGGUCGGAUCCCAGCAGAUCCUGAGAUCCUUCCCAGAACACGGGACUAUGGUCUAGACAUGGAGGCCUUCAGUAAGAUGGUGCAGGGCUGUCCACGACACAUCCUGGAGCUGUCAGCCAACUGCUGUCUGAUGGAUGCGUUUCGGAGACCCUCCUUCUCAGAGCUGCUGGACGAGUUAGAGGACAUCGCUGAGAGCCUGGAACCCCCCGACUCAGACCUGACCACGGGGUGAGGGUGUGGGGUCACCGUGUACCCCCAAACCCCUCCAGAAGCGUGUGGACUGCAGCAGGCAGCCACUCCAAAGUCUUAUACAGCAGAGGCACUUUAUACUUCAGGACCGCUUUACAGUAACACAUGCAGGGCUCCCAUUGCAGCUCUCCCUGCUGACUCUGUGUGACUCUCUGAAACAGAACCGGUUGACCGAAAGUUCAACCCCCCCCAUCCCGGCUCUGAAAUUGUAUGAUAUUAUUGUAUUAUUCCACUUGAAGUUAAGGAUGUAGAAGCCUUUGAUUGUAAAUAGUGCAUAAGGAUUUGUCCACUCUCUCUUCUCUUUCAAAGCUGCCUCCUAUCAUCAUUGAACAGGGACUGCUUCUCCUCUCUUUCAUCAGCCACGUGGCGACGCAAGCAACAUGAAAUUCCUCUCUCUGUCCAACUAGUCAUCUGAAUGACGUCAUUUAGCAGUGGAGCUGAUGGGACAGGAGACGAGUUACGAUUACAUUGAGUCAGGAUUACAGGAGUCAGGAUGACUUUGCACUAGAACUGACUGUGGAAUUGUGCCAUUGUCUGGGUGAGGACCAAACUACACUUUCUUUCUCUCAUUCCCUCUCAUCCUUUCUGGUUUGUAAUGUCGCAUAUUUUCUGUUGUUGAUGAACAGAGUUGGCCGGUGUUAGGUAAGGGUUGGUGUUCGGUGGUGUUCAGUACUAGGGUUAAGUAGGCAGAGGAAGGGGCACUAUCCCUCCCUCUCAGGAUGUGAAUGAAAUAGUACUAAACUCAAUGAAACACUAACCUCUGCAAGACUUUAACUGCAGUUUGUGUAUCAGUUUAUGUGAAAUGCCUUUGUCUUGUCAUGCUUGUACAAUAACGAUUUUGCUUCACCAUUUUUGUGGAGAUACAUUUUGUUUACCAUAUCAAAUCCAUACAGUACUCUGUUUAUAUUUUGUGAUUUUUGGUGGGAAACUAGGAUCUUGCUUAGAAGAUUUAAAGCAUUGU